AUGCUCACCGAAGCGCUCGUCAUCACGUGGAUCAGCAUGUGCGCGACCAUGCUGUACACGGACCCGCGACUUUGGAUCGUCGUGACCUCCUCAUUGGCUUUCGCGAUUGUCCGAGUGGUGGUUGUACCGCUAGCAUCGGCCAAGGUGAAGGCAUUUCCGACUUUGUCGACAUUUGGCCAGCUACUGUUUAGCAACACAUUGGUGUCGAUGCUGCAUUCGGCGCUUUCGUCUCUGCUGGCAAUAUCGGCGCUUCUCACAUCUCACUCGCUGAAUGGCGACUACGUCAGUACUGUAACCCGGGGGGAGUUCCUGGCCACCUCAGUCUCUACUGGUUAUUUUGCCUAUGACUUGUGGGACUAUGUGCUGAAUGGUCUAUACGUCAAGUCCCCUGGAAUCGUCGUGCACCACGUAGUAGUGCUCAUCUGCUACAUUUCCGCUCUCACAAAGACCGUGGGUGUGCCGCUACUGUCGCUUGCGUUGGUGUGCGAACUGCAGUCAGUCUUCAUGCAUGCUCGGAAGUUGCUAGUCAUGAGCAACUUCUCAGUGCGGUUGUCUCCACUUUUGCAAUGGGUAUGGCGCGCACAGUGGGUAUCGUUCACCGUGGCUCGAUUCAUACCCCACGUAGCCGUCGCUGUCCUGACGUAUCAAGCAAAACACCUUUUCGUACAACAGAUCCACUUCGCCAUGGCCUUUGGUGGAAUUAUUUUCAUCAACCUGCUAAAUGUUCAGCUCUUAUUCGACGUGCGCAAAGCGUGUCGAAAGGACAGUGCGCCGCCCAAGGCGCCCCCUUCGUCAGUCUCGGUAUUGAAAACACCCUGA